CCCCAAGUAGAUUACGGCCGGGUUGCGCGGGCCGGCCGCUCCGUUCCAUCGUUGCCCCGAGAGGCCAGGGCCGUCGCCUCGCCGCGCCGCCCAAAUCUACCGCCGAAAGAGGAAAAGAGGAAGUCCCCCUCUCUCUCCCGUGACGAUGGCCUCGAGUUCCAGCAGCGGCGUUGGGGUGGAAGGCGGGGUCGGCGAGGGGCCGACGACGCUGGACGAGCUGUACCAGAUCAACGUGGUGCCGGCGGAGCUGCACUUCAAGUUCCGCAAGGAGCUCCAGGGCCUCCGCGUCGGCCUCAACCUCGAGUUCUUCAAUCUUGAGGUGAAUGAUUUUGAGGCGAAGGUAGUACUGAAGCCUCUAGAUUAUGACCGGAAGUGGAAAUUCCAGUACAAGCCCCUCAGUGGUGACGUACAGCUGCUUUCCAAGAAGAUACCGGUUACAAAGUUUCUAAAUCUACAGGUUGGCAUCGGUCACAAUUUUCAUCUGAAUGCAACUGGAUGGAAAUGGAAGCUUUCUACUUGUCUUGGGGGAGAUGGUAUCUCUCAGAUAAGAAACAAGUCUAAAAUCAGUAUGUUCCCAGGGUUUGAUUUGAGGAUUGGAUGGAGAGCUGAAUAUGUGCUUCCUGAGAUUCAUGGGGCUGUUGGCACAGGAGAACCUGCCUUCAGUAUGAACUAUGGGCGGCUGCAUGCUUCAAUAGAUCGGGUCGAGGCUAUCGUUACUCAGUCAGAUAGGUACUGACCCUCCAUGGUGGAAGUCAAAAGGCAAGAGAGUUUCUUGAUCGACAGGGAUCAUCUCAUCCAGAUCCCAGGGUUUAUGAGGAGCAUUUUGAAGCUCUGUGUAUGAUGUACAGCAAUUAGCAAACGUUCACAUUAGGACGACUUUGAAAAGCAUCGAGAUUCUCCAAACCCUCGUACGGCUUUUCUUGUUUCUGAAAGCAUAAUGAAAUAAUGUUCGAAUUACUUGUGUACGACACUUGGACGUUUACACAGAACAUGCUCGCUUACACUAUCAGAAUAUCAGUACAAGAGGCGACCUCAUUCCACA